UUGCGUGCUCAGAGCCAGAACUGGCGCUGGUCACUGCGGUCCCUCGCAUCCCCGUCCCGCGCGGCCCCGCGCCGCCAUGUACGACCCGGAGCACGGCUGGAGCCUGUCCUUCGCGGGCUGCGGCUUCAUGGGCUUCUAUCACGUCGGGGCUACCCGCUGCCUGAGCGAGCACGCCCCGCACCUCCUUCGAGACGCGCGCAUGUUCUUGGGCUGCUCCGCCGGGGCGCUGCACUGUGUCACUUUCCUCUGUGGGAUGCCGCUGGGGACCCAAGGUCCUGCUUGCGCCCCUGCCUCCCAGGGAGCUUUGAGCGGCGUUUCCCAGGCUUCCGAGCCCAGGUCUGUGUCAGGAGAGACGGACAGAGGCCUCCAGCUGCACGCAUGUCCAUCCGUUCCGGCUAGGCUUAGCGGAGACAAGACUCUGCAGGUCCUCAUGGACAUGGCCCGGGAGGCCAGGCGCCGGAACAUUGGUGUCCUGCAUCCUUCCUUCAACCUGGGCAGGUACAUCCGGAACCAACUGCAGCUCUACCUGCCGGCCAACGUGCACCGGAUCGUCUCGGGCAGAGUGAGCAUCUCGCUCACCAGGGUGUCGGACGGGGAGAACGUGCUGGUGUCCGACUUCCACUCCAAGGAGGAGGUCGUGGACGCCCUGCUCUGUUCCUGCUUCAUCCCCUUCUACUCUGGUGUCAUCCCUCCUGCCUUCAGGGGUGAGGCAGUGCCGCCCUGUCCUCCCUUCCUUAAGCGAUACAUGGACGGAGGGGCGAGUGACAACGUCCCCUGCAUCGACACCAGGACGACCAUCACGGUGUCCCCCUUCUACGGGGAGCAUGACAUCUGUCCCAAAGUCAAGUCCACCAACUUCCUGCACGUGAACGUCACCAACCUCAGCCUGCGCCUCUGCCUGGGCAACGUCUACCUCAUGACCCGCGCACUCUUCCCCCCGGACGUCAAGGUGCUGGGAGAGAUAUGCGUUCGCGGGUACUUGGACGCGCUCAGGUUCCUGGAAGAGAACGGCAUCUGUAGCAGGCCCCAGCGCUGUCUGAGCCUGCCCCCCGCAGAGCAGGCACCGGAGGCCCACGCGCCGCGCGGGGAGGGCACCAGCCGGGAGCCGUCCCCCGGGCCCGAGGGGGACGAGCUGCUGCAGCACCUGCGUGCCAGCAUCCUGCCCUGGGACGACGGCGUGCUGCAGACCAUGUCGCCCAGGCUCACCGCAGUUCUGAACGAAACGAUUAAAGACAGAGGUGGGUACCUGAGCCAGAUCUGCAACCUGCUGCCCGUGAGGGUCGUGUCCUACGCAAUGCUGCCCUGCACCCUGCCCGUGGAGUCCGCCAUUGCCGCCGUGCGGGGACUGGUGCUGUGGCUCCCCGACCUCCCCGACGACGUCCAGUGGCUGCAGUGGCUGGUGUCCCAGAUGUUUGCCUGCUUGACCUCGUGUCUGCUCCCUGCCUCCAGAUCCCAAAGGCGGAGGAGUGGCCAGCACGCCUCCCUGCAGGCCAGAACAUGACUCGCUGGGCCCCUGUGCCCCUGCACCUGGACGCCUGCGCCAGUGGGGACCGAAGCCGGGGCUGCCGGCCCUCCGUCCUCGGGUGCAGCUGAGCUGCUCGGGGAGCAGAGACCUGCUGGGCGCGGCGCCGUCUCCCUACUUUCCCGCGGGAUGAGUCUCGGGUCAGCGGAGGAGGCAGGUCUGGGAACUGUGUGUGCGGCUACUCUGCCCACAGUUUCGGGCGGGAAGCCAGCCCCCCGUGCGAGCCCAUGGUUUACUGAACCCGAGGGCGAUGGACUUGGUCUCAGGGAAAGCUAGCCGGCCGCUUACGGUGUCGGUGCUGGUCCACUGCUUAGGGAAACCCAGCGUGAUGGCAGCAUUAGCGCUGCUGGCUGUGGCGGGGCCCCAGGAUGGCCUUCAGAGCCCGCUGAGGGGUGGACACUCCCAGUGGGGGUGGCCAGAGUGGCCGGUGAUUGGGGUCUGGCCUGGCCUCUGUGCCAUCUCGCGGGCUGGAAGGAUGACAGGGGCCACGCGUCCCCUCCCCCUGCAGGAAGCCGUCCGGGCACUGGGGAGGCACGGUCGGUCCCAGGAGGCCGCCCCACCUGUCAGGUGCUCUUAGACGACAGUAGCUCAGGACAUUCUCAGCACACGUUUCUGGCUUAGCUGAGAUAUUUCGCAGAGUUCAUAUCAUAAGCGUAAGGGGAUUUCUUCCUUUGUUGGGUCGUGUGUUCUGUCAAUCCGGGAGUUAAUAAUCAAUAAACCCACCUUUGAAAGCCUCUACAGCGCAUGGCCGCCCCUACCCCCCGGUGCAGCCGAGCACAGAGCUGGGUUCACUUCCCUUCUUCCUCCGCAGCCCUGGACUUGAACUUGGCUCGUUUUCUGCAAGCUCCGGCCGGGUUCUCUUUCUCUUGCGUUCUCUCCGUCCUGUGUCCCCCAGCCUAGCACCCGGGAGCACUC